GAUUAAGAUAAACAGGAAGAAAGAGGGAGAUAGAUGUGAAUGAACAUACCCUGAGCUUACUUUGAUGUGAAACGAAGUUACACUGCAGAGCUGCAAUCAUUCGCACUAUGAUGAACUUCAUCUUGACAACAGCUUUAAUUAUCUGCAGCAUCAGCUGGAUCUCUGUCUCAGUUUCUGAGUCUCAGACUGUGAAGGUCCAGCCUGGUCAAGAAGUCACACUGUCGACUACCAACAUUUCCAGAAAUCAAGCCAUGACAACCUGGUUCAGAGUGGUCAACAGAACCAAGGCCAGCUGUAUCUCCAUUAUGACCAAGGCUGACAGCGAUCCUAAAUACUGUGAUGGAGUAGAAAACGGAACAUUUGAAAUGAGCUCCAACACCUCCACUGUCUUUCUCAAAAUUAAGACAGUGGAUUUUUCUGACUCUGGGCUGUAUUUGUGUGGAUUUUUCAUAGAGGGACAGACAAUUUUAAGUGUGAUACAUUUAAAUGUUGAAGGCAGUGAUGAAUCUCAUGAUGAUGCUGACAGAAAGUCUACAACAGAGAGUGAUAGAAUAGCAAACCUGAUGAGUGGGAUCCUGGGCGGCCUGACUGUUUUCCUCAUAAUGGUCAUCAUCUGUCUGGUUGUUAAAAACAGGAAACUUCAAAAAGCUGCCAACAAAGAACAGAAUCCACAACAGCGUGAGAAUCUGGACUCUGAUGACCUGAAAGCACUGAGUUUGUAUUCAACAACAAUAAGAAACAGGAGGCCUGCAUCAGAGAGAGAAGUGGAAACUCAUGUUGUUUAUGCUGCCAGCAGAUAGAAUAAUGCUAUUAAUCAUAUUCAUCAAUUGCUGUUAUGUUAUGUGUGUGUGUGUGUGUGUGUGGGGGGGGGUUACCAUCUUCUUAAAUGUACAAAUAAUCAAAUUAAUCAACGUGAUCUUUUAGUCUCAUGAAUCUCUCACUCUCUGUCUUUCUAACUCUAGAGAGACUGUCCACAAAGACAAUAGAUAGAUGGAGGUCUGCAGAUGGAGGAGUGAGAGAGGCACGCAUCAUUUGUUUAACAGGAAGAGACAGCAGAGUGGUCUGAGCACAGCUGAGGUGAAAAUCAUGAGGUCACACAUCUGAAUCUGAAUCAAGUCGGACAUGAAGCAGUGAAUACUGGCUGACUUUCCUCUGUCAAGUAGAUGUGGUGGGGAAAGAUUCCCCAGGUGCAGGUUAAGGUGUGGUGGUGUUGAAUGCAGCCUUGACUUAACUCCUCCCCUGGCCAACCUCCUUAUUAGGCUUAGGCUAUAUAAGACACCUGUGUUCCCUUUCUCUCUCUCUGCUUCUUGAUCUGUCCCUGCUGUGGUUGUGGCCCAGUUAUGUGAAAGGAAUAGUUUCAUGCACAUCUAUUUUCCCUUAACAGUUUAUGUUGCUUACCUGCACUUUGACCUGUUAGGAACCUCCUUUUCUCCUGCCCUGUGACUGUUGAUUGUUGUAUCUUCAUGACCCAUCUCAGAGGUGGCGAGUAGAUACGUAAAUGUGUUUUAAUGCAGUAAGGCUGAGCCUGGCUAAUUGUUUCCUUCAGUUUUCCAGGUUCCUCCUUGUUUUAGACCACUGCUGUUUCACCUUAUUUAGUUUCCUGUUUGUUUUGUUUAUUUUGUCUUCAGUUUAUAUUUUGAACAGGGUGCCAUUUUGUUGGGAGGCUAGGCACCUUUUGCGUGGGGGCUCUAUAUACAGACUGCACCAUUUUUGCUGUGAAUAAUGCUUUGAGGUUUGUAGUGCUGCACCUAAGGUGGGUAGUGGUAGCACUCCUGGGCACUCCUCAGCGUAGUCUGCCUCUCCACAAGUGACCUCUACUUAGCUUUGGUUAGUUAUUUUGGGUUUGGAUUUAUAUUCUUUAUUUGAACUUAGAAAUAUUUAACUAACUAUUGUAAUAAAGUUGUUUUAUCUGCCAUUUUAUAAUUUUUAUUGCUGGUUCACUUUUCCUUUCAGCAGUUCCAGUCCCUGAUUGUUUCCUUGCUGAUUAAAAUUAUAUAUUGGUAUAUUUUGUCUCUGUCUCAUAACUUUUUGUGCCUUUUUCCUCUAUUACCUUCAAUUAAUUGAGGGUUAAAUAGUCUUUCCUGGGGUGCAAUUCCCUAGGUGGUGUUGUUGGCUUUCAUUCACCCCCCCCCUUCCUGGUCCGCUGUUCCACAUAGACAAAGUGAUCAGGUUCUAUAUUUGUACAGAGUUUUGGGAAAGUAGAAAUUUACACUGUGAUGUCAAAAUGUUACAUGUCUGAAUAAA